AUGCCUCCUGUUCCGCCGAUCCUGCGCCAGGGAGAGGAAGAUCUCAUCCUGGAAGCUGCCGAUGGCUGGUUCCUGCCCCUCUCCUGUGAGGCAGACCCGUGUGUGCCCGCUCCUCCCCUAUGCCGUGCGAGGCACAGGCCUAGCUGCUGCCGGGUCACCCCAACGCUCCGGAGACACCCCCCUCCCGCCCCGGGGGGGGAAAGCUGUGCCUCAUGCCUCCCCCCGGCACCCCCUGAGGCGGUGGCACCGGGAGCCGGUACCCCCCCAUGCUUCCCGGGGGUAGACCUGGCCUCUCCGUGCCCACCCGGUGGUGGGGUCUGCCCGGUGAAGGGGGGGGGGGUUGCAGCAACUUACAGCCGCCUUUUGUGUUCCCAGCUGACGGGGGGCAUUGGGUUCAUCCAUCACAACUGCACCCCGGAGUUCCAGGCCAACGAAGUGCGGAAGGUGAAGAAAUAUGAGCAAGGGUUCAUCACGGACCCCGUGGUGCUGAGCCCCAACGACCGAGUGCGAGAUGUGUUCGAAGCAAAGGCUCGUCAUGGAUUCUGUGGGAUCCCCAUCACGGACAAUGGGAAGAUGGGGGGCAAGCUGGUUGGGAUCAUUUCAUCUCGAGAUAUCGAUUUCCUGAAAGAGUCGGAGCACGACUUGCCCCUCGGCGAGAUUAUGACAAAGCGGGAGGAUCUUGUUGUGGCCCCGGCUGGCGUAAUGUUGAAAGAAGCAAAUGAAAUCCUGCAAAGGAGUAAAAAAGGCAAGCUGCCAAUCGUUAAUGAAGAUGACGAGCUGGUGGCUAUAAUUGCCCGCACCGAUCUCAAGAAGAACAGGGACUACCCCCUGGCUUCUAAGGAUUCUAAGAAGCAGCUGCUCUGUGGUGCUGCGAUUGGGACCCACGAAGAUGACAAGUACCGGCUGGACCUCCUGGUGCAGGCUGGCGUGGAUGCAGUAGUGCUGGAUUCCUCUCAGGGGAACUCCAUCUUCCAGAUCAAUAUGAUAAAAUACAUUAAGGAGAAAUAUCCCAACCUACAAGUUAUUGGAGGAAACGUUGUGACCGCUGCUCAGGCCAAGAACCUCAUUGACGCAGGGGUCGAUGCCCUCAGAGUCGGGAUGGGCAGUGGCUCCAUCUGCAUCACACAGGAAGCUGCUCCAAAGAUCCCUCCAGACCUAAAGUCCCACAGCCCCAAAUGCCCUUCUACUGUCACGGGCACCUAUAUGCUGGCGUGCGGCCGCCCCCAGGCCACGGCGGUGUACAAGGUGUCCGAAUACGCCAGGAGAUUCGGCGUCCCCGUGAUCGCAGACGGAGGGAUCCAGACGGUUGGGCACAUCGCAAAGGCCCUUGCGCUCGGGGCUUCCACAGUGAUGAUGGGCUCUCUCCUGGCUGCCACCACGGAGGCCCCAGGUGAAUACUUCUUCUCGGAUGGAAUUAGGCUGAAGAAAUACCGUGGCAUGGGCUCACUAGAUGCCAUGGACAAGAACUUAGGCAGCCAGAACCGGUAUUUCAGUGAGACAGACAAAAUCAAAGUGGCCCAGGGGGUCUCUGGCGCAGUGCAGGACAAGGGCUCUAUCCACAAGUUCAUUCCGUACCUGAUUGCUGGGAUCCAGCAUUCCUGCCAGGAUAUUGGUGCCAAGAGCUUGACCCAAGUCCGAGCCAUGAUGUAUUCGGGAGAGCUGAAGUUUGAGAAGAGGACGACGUCUGCCCAGGUGGAAGGAGGGGUGCAUGGCCUCCACUCGUAUGAGAAGCGCCUCUUCUGAAGGGGGGGUCCGUCUGUGUCUGUCAUCGUGCCACUCAGCCCUGCGCCACCCCGUGCGGGAGCUGCUCUUGCUGCAGAAGUGCCAUUACCCUGUGGGCUGCCUGGAGCUCCCCAUGUCCCUUGGCUGCUUCAUCACCACCUGAGAGGGCCCACCCACCACCCAGGAGAAGGGGUGCUGGGCUGGCGCCUGGAGCCUUGCACGCGUUGGCCGUGUUUUACAAUAAAAGAGGAAAAGAUGUGCAAUUGGUGUCA